AGCAUUUUUGAAGUACAUCAUGGCCAACUUCAACGUCGGAAAAGAUGCCAAGUCAGUAAACGCUCAUUUAAAACUUGCACUCAGAGCCGGAGUUAAGAACAACAGUUUGAAUUUGAAGCAGUCCAAGGGAACUGGAGCAUCCGGAUCUUUCAGAAUUGGAGAGGCAAAACAAGCUAAAAAGAAGCCAGCAAAGACAAAGAAAGCAGCUAAACCUAAGGCCGCCAAGCCUAAGAAGACAAAGAGCACACCAAAGAAAAAGAAGGCAGCAAAGAAACCAGCUGGAGAGAAAAAGGCAGCCAAGCCUAAAACUAAGAAACCAGCAGCAAAGAAAGCAGCCAAGCCAAAGAAGGCAGCCAAGUCACCGGCUAAAAAGAAGGCAGCCAAACCAAAAGCCAAGAAGACACCAAAGAAGAAGUAAACU